UUAUCAGUAUGUGAUUUAUUACAGUGUAUAUAUAGCGUCAACAUAGAUUUUUAGAGAAUAGAAUAGAGACUGACAUCUGAGCAAAAGAAAUGCAAGAGUCAAGAGCCUCCAAUCCUUCACCUGAGUCUACCAUCAACCAAGGAUUGCUAAGGUCUCUUAAGGAUGGUCUGCCUGCCUACUACUCGGUUAAAAUAGAUGGUUUCUCAAGGCUAGUGGAUUUGGACAUUGAAAAAUAUGAUUCUUCUACGUUCCAUGCUUGCGGUUCUAACUGGAGGUUAAUUCUUUUCCCGAAUGGAAAUGCAGAAAAAGGCGUUGAAGGGCAUAUAUCGCUUUACUUGGCCAUAGAGAAAACUGACUGCCUCCCUCUUGGUUGGGAGGCUUGUGUGACUUGCAAAAUGUUUGUGUUUGAUCAUAAAAAGGAUAAAUACUUGACCAUUCAAGAUGAUUCUGUGAAUCAAAUUCAACGGUUUCAUCAGGAACAGAAAGAAUGUGGUUUUGACAGACUAAUAUCGUUAAAGGCUUUCAAUGAUGAGGCAAAUGGAUAUCUGCUCAAUGACUCUUGUGUAUUUGGAGUCGAAGUUUAUGAGGUCAAGUAUAGUGGAAUCGGUGAGGCUUUGAAGAUGAUUGAGAAUCCUGAAGAAGUUACUUUUGAGUGGAUAGUCUCUUUAGAUUCCAUAUAUAGUGAAAAACAAGUUUGUUCCGAGGAAUUUACUGGUGGAAAACAUAAAUGGUUAGUUAUGCUAUAUCUUCAUGUUAUCUCCUUUCUAUACAAACACAGGAGCCUAUUCAGGUUUUUCAAACAAAAAGUAAAAAUAUGA